AUGGCGGGCAGCCCCGAGAAGAGUGUCUCGGCGCAGGAGUGGAAGGAGCAGGGCAACCGCCUCUUCCUCAGCCGCAAGUACCAGGAGUCGGCCGCCUGCUACAGCAAAGCCAUCGUAAGGACAAGGGGUCGGGAGAUAGAUAAAGAAAGAGAGAGUGUGGGUGGGUGGAACGGAGGUGUGGGUGGAACGGAGGUGUGUGUGUGUGUGGGUGGAACGGAGGUAGUGUGUGUGGGUGGAACUGAGGUAGUGUGUGGUUGGAACUGAGGUAGUGUGUGGUUGGAACUGAGGUAGUGUGUGGUUGGAACUGAGGUGUGUGUGGGUGGAACUGAGGUAGUGCACCAAAUUGUAACUUUGCAUGAUGAGUAACCUCACCCCGAGACCUAGGAAGUCAGCUGUUGCUUGUAGUGAAGAGUGUGUGUGUGUGUGUAAGCGUGUAAGCGUGGCAUAUUUAGGAAUGGGAUAUGGGUGUGAGAAAGGGGGAUAUAAAUAGUGAAUAAUGUGUUUGUCCCCAGAAGCGGAACCCCUCGGUGUCUGUGUACUACACCAACCGGGCACUAUGCCACGUGAAGCUGCAGCAACACGAUAAGGCCCUGGCCGACUGCAAGCAGGCGCUGGAGCUGGACCCCCAGUCAGUCAAGGCCCUCUUCUUCCUGGGCCAGUGUCACCUGGAGAUGGAGAACUACGACGAAGCCAUCGGCAACCUGCAGAGAGGUGGGCUGGGGGCCUAGGUGGCAAUCAAGGGUCCAGACACAGAGGGUGCAUCUCAAUAGUCGAAAUAGGCCUCCUGUCCCAUAGAUCUCCUGUCCCAUAGGCCUCCUAUCUCCUGUCCCAUAGUCUUACUGUCCCAUAGACCUCCUGUCUCUUGUCUUCUCUCCUUCAUCUGUACUCAUUUUAAAGAACUGGACAAGUGUCAAAAGGAGAUGAGACUACUUUAGACUAUUGAGAUGAGGAGAGGAAGCUACUUUAGACUAUUGAGAUGAGGAGAGGAAGCUACUAGACUACUGAGAUGGAGAGAAAGCUACUAGACUACUGAGAUGAGGAGAGGAAGCUACUAGACUACUGAGAUGAGGGGAGGAAGCUACUAGACUACUGAGAUGGAGAGAAAGCUACUAGACUACUGAGAUGAGGAGAGGAAGCUACUAGACUACUGAGAUGAGGAGAGGAAGCUACUAGACUACUGAGAUGAGGGGAGGAAGCUACUAGACUACUGAGAUGGAGAGAAAGCUACUAGACUACUGAGAUGAGGAGAGGAAGCUACUAGACUACUGAGAUGAGGAGAGGAAGCUACUAGACUAUUGAGAUAGAGAAGAGAGGAAGCUACUAGACUAUUGAGAUAGAGAAGAGAGGAAGCUACUAGACUAUUGAGAUAGAGAAGAGAGGAAGCUACUAGACUAUUGAGAUAGAGAAGAGAGGAAGCUACUAGACUAUUGAGAUAGAGAAGAGAGGAAGCUACUAGACUAUUGAGAUAGAGAAGAGAGGAAGCUACUAGACUAUUGAGAUAGAGAAGAGAGGAAGCUACUAGACUAUUGAGAUAGAGAAGAGAGGAAGCUACUAGACUAUUGAGAUAGAGAAGAGAGGAAGCUACUAGACUAUUGAGAUAGAGAAGAGAGGAAGCUACUAGACUAUUGAGAUGAUGAGGAGAGGAAGCUACUAGACUACUGAGAUGAGGAGGAGAGGAAGCUACUAGACUACUGAGAUGAGGAGAGGAAGAUUGGUUUCUCAAAUAACUGCCUCGCCUGGUUCACCAACUAUUUCUCAGAUAGAGUUCAAUGUGUCAAAUCGGAGGGCCUGUUUUCUGGACCUAUGGCAGUCUAUGGGGGUGCCACAGGGUUCAAUUCUUGGGCCGACUCUUUUCUCUGUGUAAAUCAAUGAUGUUUCUCAGAUCCACCUCUACGCAGACGACACCAUUUUGUAUACAUCUGGCCCUUCAUUGGACACUGUGUUAACAAACCUCCAAACGAGCUUCCAUGCCAUACAACACUCCUUCCGUAGCCUCCAACUGCUCUUAAACACAAGUACAACUAAAUGCAUGCUCUUCAAUCGAACACUGCUGGCACCCGCCCACCCGACUAGAAUCACUACUCUCGACAGGUCUGACCUAGAGUAUGUGGACAACUACAAAUACCUAGGUGUCUGGUUAGACUGUAAACUCUCCUUCCAGAAUCACAUGAAGCAUGUCCAAUCCAAAGUUAAAUCUAGAAUCGGCUUCCUAUUUCGCAACAAAGCCUCCUUCACCCAUGCUGCCAAACAUGCCCUCGUAAAACGGACUAUCCUACCGAUCCUUGACUUCGGCGAUGUCAUUUACAAAAUAGCCUCCAACACUCUACUCAGCAAAUUGGAUGUAGUCUAUCACAGUGCCAUCCGUUUUGUCACCAAAGCCCCAUAUACUACCCACCACUGUGACCUGUACGCUCUUGUUGGCUGGUCCUCACUACAUAUUCGUUGCCAAACCCACUGGCUCCAGGCCAUCUAUAAAUCACUGCUAGGCAAAUCCCCGCCUUAUCUUAGCUCAUUGGUCACCAUAGCAACACCCACCCGUAGUAUGCGCUCCAGCAGGUAUAUCUCACUGGUCAUCCCCAAAGCCAACACCUCCUUUGGCCGCCAUUCCUUCCAGUUCUCUGCUGCCAAUGACUGGAACGAACUGCAAAAAUCUCUGAAGCUGGAGACUCUUAUCUCCCUCACUAACUUUAAGCAUCAGUUGUCAGAGCACCUUACCGAUCACUGCACCUGUACACAGCCCAUCUGAAAUUAGCCCACCCAACUACCUCAUCCCCAUAUUGUUAUUUAUUUUGCUCAUUUGCACCCCAGUAUCUCUAUUUACACAUAAUCUCUUGCACAUCUAUCAUUCCAGUGUUAAUACUAAUUUUAAUUAUUUUGCACUAUGGCCUAUUUAUUGCCUUACCUCCAUAACUUGCUACAUUUGCACACACUGUAUAUAUUUUUCUGUUGUAUUUUUGACUUUAUGUUUUUUUACCCCAUAUGUAACUCUGUGUUGUUGUUUUUAUCGCACUGCUUUGCUUUAUCUUGGCCAGGUCGCAGUUGUAAAUGAGAACUUGUUCUCAACUGGCUUACCUGGUUAAAUAAAGGUGAAAUAAAAUAUACUAGACUACUGAGAUGAUGAGGAGAGGAAACUACAUUAGACUAUUGAGAUGAGGAGAGGAAACUACAUUAGACUAUUGAGAUGAGGAGAGGAAACUACAUUAGACUAUUGAGAUGGAGAGGAAACUACAUUAGACUAUUGAGAUGGAGAGGAGAGGAAACUACAUUAGACUAUUGAGAUGAGGAGAGGAAACUACAUUAGACUAUUGAGAUGGAGAGGAGAUGAGGAGCGGAAACUACAUUAGACUAUUGAGAUGAGGAGAGGAAACUACAUUAGACUAUUGAGAUGAGGAGAUGAAACUACAUUAGACUAUUGAGAUGGAGAGGAGAUGAAACUACAUUAGACUAUUGAGAUGGAGAGGAGAGGAAACUACAUUAGACUAUUGAGAUGAGGAGAGGAAACUACAUUAGACUAUUGAGAUGCACCCAUCCCAGACACUCCCAUUCAGGAGUCUAGAUACACACAUCAAAAUAUAUUUCUAAGUUACUUGACAGGACAUUGGAUAAAGUCAGCUCUACCAGCUAAUACAUCAUUAUAUCAUUAAUAAUAAUAGUUUGGUCCUCAGCAUAUAACCUGGCAAAAGAGCAACGGUUGAACUUUGGCGACGACAUUCCCAGUGCCCUCCGGAUAGCCAAGAAGAAGCGCUGGAACAGCAUCGAGGAGAAGCGCAUUAACCAGGAGAACGAGCUGCACGCCUAUCUCACCAAACUCAUCCUGGCAGAGAAGGAGAGGUGAGGGAUUUUUUCUGUGCUCACCUAUAGUUUGUUUCCUGCCUUGUGUUCUAUAUGUGUUGUGUGUGUAUAUAAUGUGUGAGCUGUGCUAAGAUUUUCCUCUUGUAGGACAAUAAAGGUUCAUCUGAAUCUGCUCCGGCCACAUGGUGGGAACACUGUAGGGCUUGGGAGAGGUAUUUACAGAACAGGAAUUGAAAUUCAGUUUGUGAAUCAGAGAAUAGCCAUUUUGAUUUAGUUUUUCCACAACACUCAAGUUGAAAUGGAACAACCAUAAACGUGUUGUGCAAUCAAUUCCCAUUAGUCAGUGGGAAACCAUUGCAUUCUCCCAGGCUUGUUGGUAGAAAGUCUCUUACUGUUCGGGGCAUUAAUAUAAUAAUAAUAUAUGCCAUUUGGCAGACGCUUUUAACCAAAGCAGUCAUGCGAGCAUAUACUUUUUAUGCCCGGUGGUCCCGGGAAUCAAACCCACUAUCCUGAUGUUGCAAGCACCAUGCUCUAGAGGACUGCUAAUUAACUUGGUGCUUGGCAUCACCCUGGGGGGAGUUUUUUUUUUUUUGGUGUGUAAAACCAGUUAGUCCAUCCAUUUAUAGGCCUACAAUCAUGCUAUCCAUUUAUAUUGUAAUAAGCCUUGGUUGGUGGAAGUUACUGAAGUAAUCCAUACAAUCCAUUUAUAUUGCAAUAAGCUAAGCCUUGGUUGGUUGAAGUUAGCAGAGUGAUUUGGAUGACUUUGGUCCUGUCCUCAGGGAACUGGAUAACAGCAGAGAGGAACAAGACGGCAAGUCGGAGGAAUGCAGAAGCCGACACGACCUCACUAAAUUCCAGUCCAAACAUGUGAGUCCCAAACCAAGUGUACCAAGAGUAGUGGACGUUGCACAUCCAGCUAAUGUCCACAGACACAGGGUAUAAACAAAUAACAAUGGGAAAAUAAGGACUAGAAAUGGUUCAACAACAAAAGGGUUUUCAUAAGCUAUACAUAUUUAUAUAGUCAGAAACAAAGUCUUAAUCCAAAGACAUCUUAACACAACCUUACUAAUCAAGAUAAAGUUUUUUUUCAUAAGAAUAUGCAACAGAACAGAGGUGUUAUGCACCCAAAAACUCUGAGGGGGCACGAAGUACGUGAGGAUGGCUGGGGGUGGUCUGAAGGGGGGUUAGGAGAAUUUAGCAUUUAUGCUUAAUUCUAUGUCCAAAAAAAAGUUACUUUUACUGCAAAGCAAAGCAUACCUCGAGCUGUCUAUCCACCAGUAUUUUUAGUUAUUUUUUUAAUGCAAAAAUCGGGGUAAAAGAUUGAAAGGAAUGUGAGUCUUAUUCAGUACAUUUAGUUAUUGCUUGCUUUUCUAGUCUACCAACCUUGUCAGCAGGCAUACCAGCUAAGAUAGUUGGACAAGCUAGGCACUCUAACUUGAUUGAUCGCCUGAAAUGGCUUCUUGGUAGCUAGUUAUGAGGUUGGGAGAUUGGGAACCUAUCUGGGCUAGCUAAAGCCAACUUCAUAAAAUUGCUAGGUGGCUAGUAGAAUUUCAGAGGAGAAAAAAAAGAAAGAAAAAUUUUUUUUUUUACAGGACAAAUCUGAGGGGGCACCGUGCCCCUGUGCACCCUAUGGGCAUGACGCCUCUGCAACAGAACAUGUUUUAAACCCGUUUAAAACGUGUUUGGUCUUACUCUAGCUUAUUGCAUGUAUGUGUGUCUUUCGGAGGGUUUGGGAUAAAGCGGAAGUCACAUUUUGGUUGGACCCUGUGUACAAUUGACAAAUAAAGUGAUCUUAAAUUAGGGGUCACAUUUCUCUACAGGACAAGCAACUGUCAGACAUGGAGGAGCUCUUCUCUCAGCUGGAUGAGAAGAGGAAGGUGAGUGCUCUCUACUGCCUCCUGGUGGAUACAUGAUCAGGGGGAGAAUCUCUGCAUUUCCUUGAUUCCUCCUGUCCCCUUUCCUCGCCUCCUUCCGAAAACCCAUUGGAUGAGGUCAGAGGCCCCCCCCUCCCUCAUCCAAUGGUUUUUGAGAAGGAGAAGAGGGAGGAAUAGAGGAAAUACAAUUUACAUACUCCCAUGCUCUUUACAUCUGUUUACCCCUGUCCCUUAGCCUAGCCCCUACACCCUUGGCACUCCUGCACUCAGAGUGAUAGGGAGAUAUAAAUACCAGGGUUGUUACUAGUUUCAUCUUGCCUUCUGAUUGGCUGGGUGAAAAUGAUUCCAAAUUGCUUCCACCUGUCCAAUCCUCUCAGAUCUAGCGGAGCGGCUUGUCUGCUGUGGAGUAGGGGCUAGGGGUUUGGAAUUCAGCACUAGCCCCUACAUCAUCAAUGGUUUCUGUUUGGCUAUCACUCUGGCCAUACUAGAAACAACUCUAUUCCUAAACCCUUUAAAAAAUCUUAACCCAAGCCCUUUGUUAAUAACCAAAUACCGGGUCAGAAUGUACAAGACCCUACAGUAGACAUCCUUUCUAGCAUGGCCAUUUAGUGAUAACCUCUGUUUGUUUAACAGAAGAGGGAGAUCCCAGACUACCUGUGUGGAAAGAUCAGCUUUGAGUUGAUGAGGGAGCCCUGCAUUACACCCAGUGGGAUCACUUACGACCGCAAAGACAUCGAGGAGCACCUACAGGUAAGGAUUAGUCUCAUAAAACCCAACACUAGGCAACAGCAGUGACUAGGGUCAGGUUAGAAUGAUGGACUCUUAUGGCAUCCUCGAUAAGGUGGAAAACUCUCCUUACAAAUCACGAGGCAGACAUGCCAGAACGUCAUGAUUUGAAACCAAAGUUUGAAGGCAAAACCUUUGCAGUGGUUUUAGUGAAGGUAGUUGAUGCAAACUAGCCACUUGCGAAAUGCACUCAUUAAAAAUAACAUCCGUGAUCGCCAUCUUGCUAGCUACAAUUUAGCAUUUUAUUCAAGCGGAUAAGGUAUUGAUGUAGGCAGUGAAGUGGUUCCUCUAUGCCAAACUGACGUUCUGUUACGUACAGACAUGUUAAACUGGAACGACUGUGGUAGGCAACCUGGAUGUCUAGAGAGACUAGGUAAUGAUAGGCAGGAGUACUCCAAAUUGAAUCUCCCAGAAUACUCCUUUAAACCCACAAUGAAUCACUGACCAUGUAAAAGAAUAGUUACACAUAAUUUCUGUGGCAAUAUGAUUAAGUAUUAAGCAGGGGUGAAGGUAAGGCGGUAAGGUCUGGUACAGGGUCCCGGCAAAAUAAAUAAUGGGGGUACGCCGUACCGGUAAACAUGACCCUAUCACAAUAAUUAAAACAAUGUCAAGAAAACUGUAGGCCAUUACACCACAUUACCAGAUGUCAGAGGCAUGAAAAAUGAGUGAAUGGAUUUGAAAACGGCUCCAAAAUGCCAUGUGAUUUGACGAGAACACUGACAUUUUGCCAAAGUAGAGAUGAGUGGCUGACACCGAGACAUGCACGGACAGCAGUGUACGCAUUAAUUCUGGCCUAAUGACAAUCACCAAAUGUCAUUAGACUUGUGUGUGUUGUGUAACAGGUGUCUCUUUCCAUUCACCACUGUUUGGAGGCUGGAAUUGAAAUAUAUUGAGUGGAUGAACGUGCGCUGGUAGCCUACUCGUAAAGGAACCCUUUGAAGGGAUUGUUUGACAAUCAGAUGAAAACAUCAUAACUGGUUGUGUUUAUGCCACAAUAAAAGGUAAUACAUGUUAAGUUUAAAUGACAAAUCUUUACGCCUAGGCCCACAGAGAUGCUAUUGAAUUAAUAGGGAUUUGAUGUGUAAUUCUAUGAUUAGGCCCAUAUAUUUUUAUUGGUAAGGAGGUCCUGUACCGGGAAGAAAUGAAAUCUACUUUCACCCCUGGUAUUAAGGUAUUGUCACCCAUAGGAUCCUGACUGCGUUUGUUCUUUGCUUGCAGCGAGUGGGCCACUUUGACCCAGUGACACGCAGCCCUCUGACUCAAGACCAGCUGAUCCCUAACCUGGCAAUGAAAGAGGUCAUCGAUGCUUUCAUCAUGGAGAAUGGAUGGGUGGAGGACUACUGA